AAUCAAUAAUUAAAAUGGUGCAAAAAGGGUUUAGAAAAUAGAAGAAAAUGAUGGCACAUCAACAUGCAAGUAAAAUCCCAUAAAAAAUACAAAGAAAAUAAAAAGAUAAUUAAGAAGUUAUACCAGAAGAAAGUUGAAUUUAGAGAGACUGAUAAUGAUAAUGUAUAUUCAUUUCAAGAUAAAAAGAUAAUUAAGAAGUUAUAAAAGAUAAAAAAAUAAAAAAAUAACAUAUAAAGAAAAAUAUAGAUUACUUAUAAGAUUACCAUCUUCCUUCUCAUCCUCUCUCUUGAUUGGCUUUCUUUGUUUGCUUUCCUUUCCCUAAACUUAAUCGAAUCUAAGUUAUCACCACACACACAAGCCUAGCUCCUCAUCAUACCUAUGUUUUUCUCUUCCCUCUAUCGUUCGUCUGUUCCUUCAUUCACUCUCGGCGCCACGCGUGCUAAGAAUCGUCUAUUCAAGAAUGGGCAGCGAGGGCGUGCCGUCGAUGGUGGUGGAGGUCAUGUUGGUGGCCGCCGUCGAGCUCACUGACGCCUCCAGCUGGUGGCACGAAAUCGAUGACUCUCCAGCGUGGCAGGAUUGUAUUUCCUACACUCUCGUCGUACUCUACGGUAUCGUGGCCGCCGUAGCUUUGGUUCAACUGGCUUGGAUACAAUUGAGAGUGGUCUUUCACCUUAUCAAUAUUUUGGGAUUGUGCACUCUUUUUAAUUUUGCAGUUCGGUAUGUAGUUUUUAUCUUCUAUCAGAACGUGCAGAGGUUAAAGCUAGAGAUUGUUCAACACAUCUUGCUUGACAUGUCGAGUCUUGCUUUCUUUACAACAUAUGCACUUUUGGUCCUGUUCUAGGCUGAGAUUUAUUACCAGGCUAGUUUGAUUUGUGGUGCAUUUGCUUCUACAUGGUUGGUUUGCCUCCUAUGAUUUUUUUCUUCCAUGGCAGUGUGUUUUGCUGAUUGGUUUUGAUGGGCUAAUUACCACCUCGGUGUUAAAUGCUUUUGCAAGCACAUGUUGUAUCAACUAAUGGGUUGAAACCAAGUUUCUAUACGAUUAAUAUUGUGGUUUAUGUUGUUCAGUUUUCUUAUUUUUUCUUGGAUCUCCUUGAUUUGGAUGAGGAGGCUGGCAUGAUCCAGAAGUCAACUAACCAAACUGAUCAAAAUGAGAAUGCUGAGGAACAAGCUAAUGAUGAGUCAACUAACCAAACUCUUAUGCCAGAUUUCAUGAAGCCAGCUCACGAUCAGUACGCUUACCGCCACGCCAAUGGCUUGUGUGUAAUUGGGUUGGCUCCUUCCCACAUUGCUUUCAAGGAUGAAGGUGGAAUCACAGCCAUUGAUUUCAAUGUUGGAAAGUCUGAUCGCAACAGGAUAAAAGUCACUGGAAAGCAGAAGAAGUUUUUCUACAACCUAACUCUAAUGUGGACUUGACUGAAAUUGCAUCAUUCCCUACCUUUGAUGGGUUACUUAACUCUGCAGUUUUAUCACAACCUAACUCCGCAAUGGCACAUCUUCCUCCACGUAAGUCUAUUACCUCCACCAAUAUUGUUACCAUCCUUUGUGUGUAUGCAUUGAUAGUGUUACAUUAUUAAUUAUUCAAAAAUUCAUAGUAGAUAUGACUCUCAAAUAAUUAUUAUAGAAACUAACAAAUUUAUCAUUCAUAUCAAAUCAACUAAUCAUUGUAUAAUAAUAUAACUUGUCGGUGAAUAGACUAUUUUGUCAUAAACUUUAAUGCAAUCUUUUUAAUAGUAUUAUAGGAUGAAAUUUAUUGAGACACAAAAUGUCAUAUGUUUCACUUUGAAUUUAAUGACUCUCAUACAUAAUUAUUGUGAGGACCAAUGAAUUUCAACCCAUACUAAUUAAAUAUAGAAAACGUGUAUUAGGUAUGUUAAGUAGGAUACUUGCAUUUUUCUUCAUUAAUAAUAAACAAAUGAAAGGAGUAUGUUAGUUGCUUUGUUUUCUAUUCUUGCUAUUCAAUAUUUGUUUCUAACCAUUUUUUUAAUUUGGCAUUAAAUGUCCCUUUAUUUUACAAUACCCUACUACAUUGAGGAGCAAAUCCAAGCAAGUUUGAUGCCAACAAAUAUGGAACAUCCCAUUUUAUUCAAGUUCAUAUGAUGUGUUCAACAAUUAUGGUUCGUCUCUGCAAACAAGUAUGCAAGGUGGUGCGCUUGAUGGCUGCUAGAGGAAAUGGCAACUAGAUUAAUGACCCUUCUAGCAUGCUUUGUAAUCAAAAUGCAGACAUGAGUUUGAUACAAGGAAUUAAUGGGGAGAUGAUUGAAUUAUGGCUUGAAUAUUCAGGUUUUGACCCCUUAAAUGGGGGAAAUACCCUUCCCUUUGAUUUUGACACCUUUAUAGGAGGCAGAGGUUAAUCUAGUAAACCAACUAGUUGAUGAAAGAUGCUAUUUUGUUUUUUUAUUUAUAAAAGUAUAGCUUAGGAAAGUCUUGUUUUGUUUUCGGUUCAAACAACUUAGGAAAGUCUGAAUUUAUUUAAAUUAUUUUUCUAAAAAAAUAGAAUUGACCAUUUUAUAUUGUUUUGUAAUAUCAACAACUAUAUGUAUUCGGGUUUUAGUGGGUGGAUUUACCUUUUGGUGCUA